CGGUGAUGCGUGGUACACCGUGUGUGUGUGGGACGCGCCUCCCACCCAGUGUUUCAUAAAAGAGUAAACAGUGGCUGUUGUUACGAGGAACAAGGAUGCCUGUCACCUCUGUCUAGCGGAAAGUUUCACUGUUGGUAGUGAAUGUUGAUACAACAGCCUCUGGGGGCCAUCAGAAAAGGUGCCAGUGUGUGUGUUACCAAGUGCCAUCACAGUGAGCCCAGGAAGGUUGUGCGUGUGUCCAUAAUAGUGGUGUUAGUGUUGUUAGUCUCAGCUGAUGUAUAAGUGUACUGUGUCUGUGUCAGUUGAUGAUCUAGUGUAUUGUGUUGUGAUGACUGGGAUCAGCUGUGUGUGAACGCGACCAUGAGUGAGCCCACAGGACUUGAGUGUGGUGCGGGAAAAACAAAGGGAGGAGGCGAGAACUCUCCCGAGAAAAUGGAAACCACGCAGCCAGUGAUCGUGGUUGAGGGGGUGGAUGAUAUGGGAGUGUGUUGGGUGUACACGCCGCCCGAGGUCAGUGUGUCUAAAUGGGAUACUCAUAGCGGGCCCUCUAGUGGCAGUUGUUCUCCACACACACGCUCUCCCUCGAUCGCCUCUAUGAAUUCUGACACAUGGAGCGAGGAAUUACCCACUCGGACUGCGGAGGACACAGCCUCCUACACUGACACUCUCCUAGAACCAGAGGAUCGUGGUUUUCGUCAUGUGUCUUCUUCAUCGUCCAUCGCUCUACCUCGAAGUUCCCAAGAGCAGAACCUAGCCAACACCAGAUUCUGUGCCUCGCAGGAGCACCUUGGCUCCGAGGUUCGCUACAGGAAGAGGAAACAGUCUUUGAAAAACAUGUUCCUGGAUGUGUUUCAUAUAGAUUCCAGUCGCCACUCAAGAUCGUCCUCCAGUACCGAAGAUCACCACAGGAACCACUCAAGCGGAGACUCACCAGUCAGAAAACUGAUAUCGAAGCUUCGCUCGAACUCCCACAGUGACUUACUACAGACCAAGAGCCGUUCCUCCUCCUCUGGUAGUAUUGACCUCACCUCACUUCAGGACCGGGAGGUCAGUCUAAUUCCCGAAGUCAGAGUUCGGAGUGGAAGCACGGUAGAUGCCAUCCCCGCGACGGCCAUCAACACGCGGCUCCUAGGUCGUUACCGCAAGAACAACGCCAACCAGACGAAACGCCGAUGGAGCCUCUUUGAUCAUCACCUUCUUAAAAGCCGUAGCCAUCGACACGAUGAGCCAGAGAGUGGCGCUACAACUGAUUACGACAGUUCUGAUGACAGGCAAGAAGAGUUGAAGAUAGGCUCACCUGGGGAGCACAGGACGGAUACGAAACGCCGAUGGAGCCUAUUCGACCACCACCUUCUUAAAAGCCGUAGCCAUCGGCAUGAUGAGGCAUCAGACAGCUGUGCUCCCAUUGAUUAUGAUAGUUCUGAUGACAAACACGAAGAGAUGGUGUCCACGACAGAUACUAAACGCCGAUGGAGCCUAUUCGACCACCACCUUCUUAAAAGCCGGAGCCAUCGGCAUGAUGAGGCAUCAGACAGCUGUGCUCCCAUUGAUUAUGAUAGUUCUGAUGACAAACACGAAGAGAUGGUGUCCACGACAGAUACUAAACGCCGAUGGAGCCUAUUCGACCACCACCUUCUUAAAAGCCGGAGCCAUCGGCAUGAUGAGGCAUCAGACAGCUGUGCUCCCAUAGAUUACGACAGCUCUGACGACAAGCACGAAGAGUUGGGGUUAAAGAUGGACUCACUUAAAGAAUUUACGACGGAUACAGAGAAGAGUGACUCUGAGGGCCCCAAGGAACCACGCAACUACAGCCACGAGAAGAUACGGGUGACACGAACUCGUUCCAACUCAGAGUCAACCAUCUUCGUCGAGAAGAAAAAAAAGAAGAAAGACACCCGCAUGAUUGACAGGCUGCUGGACUUCCGACACAAGAAAUACGCAUUGCGAGGUAGUCUCCCUACCCUCUUGGUGGACAAACUACACUCCUCGCAUGACACCGACAACAAAACUCACUCAAAACACGCGAAGAACCGAGAGGAAACAGACCAAGAAAAUCUAUCGAUAGCUGGCGAUGUCUUGGACAGUCCAGGUUACAAGUCCUCCCGCACUCAGUCCAUGCACGACCUUACGGACUAUGCGGUAGAGAACUACUUCAGUCCGGAGGGCGACCGCCGCUUCUCCGAAGACACGAUGGACCCCUUCCACGGGAUGGAACAAGCCGACAAAGAGAACCUGUCACGUUACCUGACGGGAGAGCACGCCACGGGCCGACGUCACCGCUUCUCCAUAGAUAACCUGUGGAACGCAAUCAAAGGGCGGCGGCUGUCUCACGAUGUGGGCGCUGCUGGGAGACACGUCACAGACACCGUGGUGCCAUGGCUGCGGAACAAGAGUCGCAGCGUCGACCACAGCAUCCACAACCCCUUCGAUCUGGAGGCUCUUCGUCGGAAGAUCGGGGAGCGCACCUCCUCUGAGCCCUCCAGGGACAUACCUUCUCCAGAAGCGCUAGAUGGGAGUAAAGAAAAUAUUUCCCCUGGUGAGAAGAUGGGAGGCAGGAGCCAGCCCCCAGUACCCACCAUGACUUACACGAUACACAAAUAA